CCCAGCAAGCCACCUCUCCUACUUCCUGCUCCCAUUAGAUAUGUCAUCAGUUUUUCAGGGGUGAGAGGCCUCCACUGUCAUUUUUUUGCUAUUGUCUUAUUAAUAAUGAUGGAUAAUUAUGUGUCUCUGGCUCAGAGAGUAUUUCAUCCAGUUAACGUUUCCCAAUGGUUGUCUCAUCUCAUCUCUUAUAUAGAUUACAUUCCUUCCAAAAUGUCACCGUCCCUCUGUCUGGUUUUCUUGUUACUUGGGCUUCAUGUGACAAUCCAUUGUACAUCACCUAACAGCUCUGAAGGCAAAGUAACCACCUGCCAUUCCCCCCAACAAAAUGUCACUCUUCAUAAGAUGUCAUCCAACAAUGCCGACUUUGCAUUCAACCUGUACCGAAGAUUCACUAUGGAGACCCCAAAUCAGAACAUCUUCUUUUCACCUGUGAGCAUUUCUGCUGCUUUGGCCAUGCUCUCCUUUGGGGCCUGCUCUAACACCCAAACUCAGAUCCUGGAAAGUUUGGGAUUCAAUCUCACAGUCAUCCCAAUAGCAGAGAUCCAGCAGGGCUUCCAGCACCUCAUCUGUUCACUGAAUUUUCCAAAGAAGGAGCUGGAAUUGCAUAUGGGAAAUGCCCUCUUCAUCGAGAAGCAGCUGAAACCACUGGCAAAAUUCUUGGAUGAUGUCAAGAGCCUUUAUGAGACCGAAGUCUUAUCUACCGACUUCUCCGAUGUUUCUGCAGCCAAGCAGGAGAUCAACAGCCAUGUGGAGAAACAAACCAAAGGGAAAGUUGUGGGCCUCAUCCAAAACCUCAAACCGAACACCAUCAUGGUCCUGGUGAACUAUAUUUGCUUUAAAGCACAGUGGGCAAAUCCUUUUGAUUCGUCCAAAACAGAAGAGGGCUCCAGCUUUUUAGUGGACAAGACAACCACAGUGCAAGUGCCCAUGAUGCACCAGACGGAACAGUACUAUCAUCUGGUGGAUACGGAGCUUAACUGCACAGUGGUGCAAAUGGACUACAGUGAGAAAUCUCUGGCACUCUUUGUCCUUCCCAAGGAGGGCCAGAUGAAGUGGGUGGAAGGAUCCAUGUCAUCUAAAACACUGAAGAAGUGGAACCGCUUACUCCAGAAGGGGUGGGUUGACUUAUUUGUUCCAAAAUUUUCCAUUUCUGCCACAUAUGACCUUGGAGCCAUCCUUCUGAAAAUGGGCAUCCAGGAUGCCUUUGCUGACCAUGCUGAUUUUUCUGGACUUGCAGAAGGCAAUGGGCUGAAACUUUCCAAUGCCGCUCACAAGUCAGUGCUGCACAUUGGUGAAAAGGGAACCGAAGGUGUAGCUGUCCAUGAAGAUAGAUUCCUGGACCAGCCUGAGAUGACUGCCGUUUACCCUAUCAUCCAAUUUAAAAGACCCUUCUUGCUGUUGAUUUUGGAGAAAAGCACCAGGAGCAUUCUCUUUCUAGGGAAAGUUGUGGACCCAACAAAAGCAUAGCUUGGGAAAGAGGCAGUUGGUUAAUUGCAUGUGCUUAUUGCAAUGGGAUAUAAAUAAAUAAUAUAGUCUGAUGUGAUCCAUGUGGGCUUGGAGUCUCACCUUGUGCAGGGGUGAAGAUUGGAUACUUGUAGAACUGUGUUGGCUGUGGAAAAGGUCACUCCUGUGAUUAAACUUUCAGAUAGUCAAUGAGUGAUUCAAUAUUACCCAAAACACAGAAACCCCCCCAAUUAGUUAACUCCAAGGAAUUUGACUGGGUUGGUAAAUGCCCCCUUCUAUGCCCUCUGGGAAAUAGUUGAAAUGCAGAUCCAGUACUCUUAUCCCAGUAUUCCAAUCAUCAAUGAAUAUAAAAAAGUGCAAAUGCAAUGGCUUAUAUGUGAACCUUCAACCAUCUUCCCCUGCCCCAUCGGAAUAGCUCCCAGUGCUCUUGCCAGAACUGCUAUUGGUGGGCUGUGCAAAGGUGCUUCCACUACAAGCCUGGGUCACAGGCCCAGCCACUGCUGGGGAUGUGGCUUUUGUGACCUGUACAGGCUAAGGAAAAGGAACAAAAGU